AUGACUGACCAAACUAGUGAUGACGAAUUUUUCGAUGCUAAUGAUAUUGAUCAAUAUAACACUGAUAUUCAACGAGAACUAAUGCGAACUUGGAAUAAUUUUGCUCGUCAACAAUUUGGCAGAACAAAACUCCCCGUGCCAAUGUUUGAUCGAUCGUCAAUUAGCAUUUGGAGUAUACUUAAGCAAUGUAUUGGAAAAGAAUUAUCCAAAGUAUCAAUGCCUAUUGUAUGGAAUGAACCAAUAUCAUUUCUUCAACGUUUUUCUGAAAAUGUUCUUUACUCAUAUUUACUUGACCGUGCUGAUGAAUGUACUGAUCCUAUAAUGAGAAUGCAGUAUGUUGCAGCAUUUGCUGCUUCAUCCAUAUCGAGUAAUAUCGAUCGUUUAUCGAAACCAUUUAAUCCAUUACUGGGUGAAACAUACGAAUUUGUUCAAGAUGAUUUACCAUUUCGUUACAUGAGCGAACAAGUAAGCCAUCAUCCACCAGUAAGUGCAUUCCUAUGUGAAUCAAAAGAUAACGGUGAACGUUGGCGAUUUUAUGGAAGCAUUUUACCUAAAGCUAAAUUUUCUGUUAAACGCAUGGAAGUUAAUCCAAAAGGUUUAUUAACACUUGAACUUAAACGACAUAGAGAAAUUUAUACAUGGGAAAGUGUAACAUGUACAAUUCAUAAUAUUGUCGUUGGACGACUUUGGUUUGAAUAUCAUGGUACUAUGGAAAUAAUUAAUCAUUCGAAUAAAAUGAAAGCUAUACUUAAUUUUAAGCCAUAUUCAUGGUCAUCAAAGGAAUUACAUAAAGUAGAAGGCUUUAUUUUCGAUUCACAAAAACAUAAAUUACGUGGUUUAUACGGUUAUUGGACGGAUUCAUUAUAUUCAAUUGAUAUUGAACGUUUUGAAGUAUUUUUAAAACAACAAAAGAAAGAAGCAAAAAGUGCAUCGAAAUGUCAUCAACAACAAAUAACGAAUUCACCAACGACAGCUACAAAUGAUACCGAUAAUACUGACCUAGAUGAAGAAUUGCCUGAUGUUGAUCCAUCCCAUGAACAGCUGAAUCUUCCACCAAAUUCUCUUACACUUUGGAGAAUUAUGCCAAAAUUAGAAUAUGGAUUACAAUAUUAUAAUUUCUCUUUAUUCACCAUGGCACUUAAUCAAUUAACAGAAGAAAAUAAAAAUAAUCGAUCAUCAUUACCACCGACUGAUUCACGAUUUCGUCCAGAUAUUCGUAAAAUGGAAGAAGGCGAUAUUGAUUCGGCUGGACAAGAAAAAGACCGCCUAGAAGAAAAACAACGUGCAGUAAGACGAGCCAUGGAAAAACGUCGAGAAGAAUGGCAACCAAGAUGGUUUCGUCUUAUUAAACACACAGUAACAGGACAAGAUGUAUGGGUAUCGAAUGAAAAAUAUUGGCAAAGAAAUUGGGCCAAUUGUCCAGAAAUCUACUAG